AUGACCGUCAUCGGAGGAUAUCACUACGGUACAGCCCACGUUUCUCGUAUAAUAGUAAUAAUUAUUACCGUACACGCGUAUUACGUGCCGCCGACCUGUUGCUGGGUGCCGCAGGCCGUUGACGUUUACCACGGCGAAGAAGAUAUAAAUACGUUCAAUUGGACGGAUGACGAGGACGAUGAAGACGACGAUACAGACGACCUACUACCGGUACAAGCUGACGACAUCGUUUCGGCCGAAAAAAUGACUGCGUUUUUCGAAAAGUUGAAUUCACUACGCCAGCGACGCCGCGAAGACCGUUCGAAAUCGGCAGACCAUUCCUUGCAGAAGCCGUACAGGCUCGAUCACGGUGUACCGGUUGGAAUCGAAUCCCUAGACGAGGCUGCGGCGGCGGAGGACUACACGGCGAUAGAGGUUGGGAAUCGUGGCAUAUUUGAGAUACGGGACAGAUCAGCUGCUUCAGUGGUGACGAGUGGUGAAGAGGCGGUGACAGUAGUGACAAAUAACAAUUAUUAUUAUGAGUCACAGACGACCAAAACGGUCGUGGACGGUUACUUGCUAGAUGCUGCAGGUAGACCCCGGGUCAUGAAAACGGCUGCAGCCGUUAAAUAUUUGCACAUGGGUUGGAGAAGUGCGCAAUGCCUGUGGCGCCAGUAUCGGAAAGCUGUCACCGAGCAGGAAACGUUAGCUGUCCUCGAGCGGUUCAAUGAUUUCGUCCGGUUCUGGACGCCAGUGGUCGCCGUCUCGGUGGUUAUCCUGUGGUCCACGUUCGGAUAUUUUCACGAACUGUUAUGUUUUUGCGUCGCCGCCCCACCGGCUGAAUAUGCAAAAGAUGUGAACAGGUACCUGAUGAUGGUACCACCACACGUAGUAGUGACGAACAAAGGCAAAAUGUUCCGGUACCAACCGACGGCCGAAGAAAGUUUCCUUUGGGAAAGCGCAAAAAGAAUCGCAAAUUUCAAAAUAUGA